GAACAGAAGGAGCCUGACAGUCGAGCUCCGCCUCUUCCUCUCACUGUAAAGUCACUGUAAACUUACCAGAGAAUCAUCUCGGUCUGUCAGCUGCAGCCACUUGUCUGCCUCACACUUUGAAGACGCCUAAUCUUUCGGUCUGCUGCUAACGUCUCUUCUUGCUUAUUAAACGGUCAGGCAGCAGGAACAUGGCACCAAAGAGGCGCGCUGCAUCUGCUGCAAAGGCAGGUGGAAAGAAAGUCAAAGAGGAGCCUGAGACGUCAAAGCCCAAAGAUGCCUUCACCUCUGCCAAAGAGGCCCUCCUGGCUGCGGGGCCACAGGUCAAAAGCAAGAGGAAGGUGGAUGAGCACUGUCCACUGUCAUCUUCUGCAGAGGUCCACGAGGACUAUGACUGCAUGCUUAACCAGACAAAUGUUGGACAUAACAAUAACAAGUUUUAUGUCAUUCAAGUUAUUAAAGACAAAAAGAAAUACUACUCUUGGAACAGAUGGGGUAGAGUGGGAGAACAGGGACAACACAAACUGAACCCUUUUGAUGGGUAUGAGAAAGCUGUUAAGGACUUUGAGAAAAAGUUUAAGGACAAGACAAAGAACAACUGGAGCGACCGGGAGAAUUUUGUGUCCCACUCUGGGAAGUACACCUUAAUAGAGGUGGAUGGAGAGCAGGAUGCUGAAGUCAAGGUGGACACUGUUGACGGAAAGGCAGUUAGAGUCACUAAGAAUGUCCUCCCUUGCACACUCGACGACGCUACAAAGGACCUCAUCGCACUCAUUUUCAGCAAUGACAUGUUCAAAGAGGCGAUGGAAUGUAUGAAUUUAGACAUCAAAAAGAUGCCUUUGGGCAAGCUCAGUAAGUUACAGAUUGCAAAGGGCUUUGAGGUUUUGGAGGAGAUCGAGGCAGCUCUAAACCAAAACUGCAAAUCAAAGCACCUGGAAGAACUUUCCUCGAAGUUCUUUACCGCAAUCCCACACAACUUUGGCAGGACCAGGCCACCAGUCAUUGACGACAAAGAGAUCGUGGAGAAAAAGAAGGAGAUGCUCAUGGUGUUGGCUGACAUCGAGCUUGCCCAGACUCUGAAGUCAGAGACUGAGAAGGCUCAGGAUGAGAUGAUCGAAACAGUUCCUCAUCCACACGACCAAGACUACAAUUCUCUCAAGUGCAGGCUCACUCUGAUGGACAAAGACACGGACGUGUUCAAGAUCAUUGAAAAAUACCUCAAGGAGACUUCAGAUGGCCAUUACAAACCAAAAAUCAUCAAUGUUUGGGAAGUCGACCGAGAGAAAGAGGGAGAUCGCUUUAGCGAGAAUGACAGUUUGGAGAACCGCCGUCUGCUGUGGCAUGGUACGAACAUAGCGGUGGUGGCAGCCAUAUUGAAGAGCGGUCUGAGGAUAAUGCCCCACUCAGGAGGCCGUGUUGGUCGUGGCAUCUAUUUUGCGUCUGAAAACGUAAAGUCUGCAGGUUAUGUACGUCCAUCUAAAAACACUGGAGUGAUGUUUCUGAGUGAGGUGGCCCUUGGAAAAGAGUACACCAUUACCAAAGACACCCCUAAUUUGAAGGCGGCUCCGGCAGGCUAUGAUAGUGUGGUGGCACGAGGCAAUGUGGAACCAGAUCCCACCAAGGACGUCUUCAUCACCCUGGACGAAAAGGAGGUUGCCGUGCCUCAGGGUAAGGCCAUAAAACAGCCCCAGUUUUCAAAGAGCCACUUCUACAACAGUGAAUAUCUCAUCUACAAAGAAAGCCAGUGUCGCCUUCGCUACCUGCUGGAGCUGAACAUGAAAUGUUGAGUCAAGUGAAAGAAAGAAUAACGUGCUUUGACAUCCUCUUUUUUAUUUUUUGUUUUUCUUGAUGAGGUAUAUGGCUUCCUGCGACGCUUAGGUUUGCUGUUGCCCCCUAUAAUAUGCUUAUGUUCUUUAUUGUUCGGGUAAUUGUGGAGAAGUCGUGACUCAUUCUCUUCUGUGCCUUAUUUCAUUUGUCAUAAGCCCUAUUCACACGAGAUGAGUUUUAACUGGACCUCCAUUCAUUUAUAAUAAUCACAGAGGUCGUCUUCGUGCAAAUCGUCCAUGUUGGUGAUUUGUAAAGUAAAAUUACACUGCAAAUUACCUUCCAUAAUUCUUGUAACACAAAGGUCCUCUGAUAAAACUAAUCGAGAGCGAAUCAAUGUCUCUGUGAUUAAGAUGUGAGUUUUUACUUUUUUGCGACACCUGUUUGAUUUGAAGCUUAUUUCUGCCUCUUGUCGCUUAAGAAUAAUGAAGGAUGAGCUAUAAAUCAAAGUUUGGACAGAUGUUAGAGCACGAAGUCGAGAUAUCGCUGAACUGUUCAUCCCGUUUAGAUAAUUAAAUCAAUCAUCAAUGUGUUGGAGCUGAUUUAAAUAUCGUUAGUCUUUCUUCCUCGGGAUAAAUAGUAUCAAAUAUGUAGUUUUAUUAUCCAUUAUAAUUUGCAAAGUAAUUAUAACGGUCUCUGACACGCAGUAGAAUGAGGUGGAAAGUAGCAGAGCCAUAACAAUAGAAUGUGAAUUAGAUAAAAAAAAAAAAAAAAGUUUAUCCCGUGUGAAUACACCACAUGAAACACAGAUGUAGAGGCUAAUAUCUGAAUCACAGGACGUCCUCAGGUAAAACUUAUCGCGUGCGAAGAGGGCUAUACUGCACGUGGUUGCUGCAUGCUUUUGCACUUUAUGAAGACAUUUUACAUGAUAAGAAUAGUAUAGAGGCAAAAGUGCUAUCUGUGCACAUACACGUUUACAGAAGUAUAACGUUCAAGUUGUGGCUAAUGUAGAAAUUGUUGCAGAUUUUCUGGAGCUGUAAGAAAGACUACUAAGAAAUGUCAUAUGUAAGUCAUGAAUAGCUUUGCCUUUCCACAGUAGGUGUCAGUAAUGAGCACCCCUUGUUUAAAACAUUUUUUGCAUUAUGAUAUUGAAGCUGUGAUUAGUAAAUAAACUGAAGAGCCUCUCAAA